AGUUACAGCCUUUCUCCCUGAGUUAUGGUUAUGUUGUUUCGUUUCCGUGAAUCUCCUAAUGAAGCAGAUCACCGACCUCGUUGCUUGUGAAGACUUGUGGAGAGGAGAGAGAUGUCUGUAGCAAGCAAAGAGCUGCAGGAGGCCUUGUGUCGUUACACCUCAUAUACGCUCACCUACGUCCACACGGUGAGGGAGUUCUGUGGGAGGUUCUCUGAAUGGAUGCGCAGGAGGGAGACGGAGUUGCACAUGAUGAUGGACAUCAAAGACAGAGCUGAUAAAAUCAGCUUGGACCUGAGCCAUUUCACAAAGUCGGAGGAGAAAGGUAAGGCCUUCGUUGAGUACAUGGGAAACAAGCUAACUCAGUUCACUGCAGACAGCAAGAGUGAGGAGCUGCAGAAGGAGCUGGCCGCAGUGUUGAAGGAUGUCCUGGGAGGUCUGGAGAAGCUGAACUGCUUCCUGGACGCGGUGGAGAAGCUGGCCGUCACCUCUCUGCACGUGUUCACGGAGAACGACGUCUUGAACCUCCCUGAAGAAAUCAGCCUGGAUCACGUUCAGGCCGUCAUCGCCGCUGCGCGACGCAUCUGUCCUCUGCUCCUGGAGUUCAAGAGAGACGCAAGCUUCUUCUUCCUCCCCAGACUUCAGAACGCCGACGUCAUGGCCUACCAGCUGGACCGAUACGUCCAGAUCAGCAGGAACAUCUGUGAGAAGAUGGAGAAGAGCUGCUUCAGUGACUUCAGCCUGAAGACGGUCCAGGAGGUGACGGUGGAGGGUUUGACUGAGAGGAACAUACAGCAGAUGCUUGAUCACAUCAAUCAACUGGAUUGCAUCAGGAUGGACACACACUUGAUGGUGUUCUUGUUCCAGGAGGACUCGUAUCACGGUUUCAUGAAGGAGUUCAGCGAGCGCCAGCCCAGGAUGCUGCGGUCGCUGACCGAGCUGGAGGGAAACGCGGUUCAGUUGGACCGGAUGAGUAAAGGAGCGAAGAUCUCCAGCGUGGCGGGCAGCUCGGUGGGCAUAAUCGGGGGCGUGCUGUCCAUCGUCGGUGUGGCGCUGAUCCCUGUCACGAUGGGAGUGUCUCUCGCUCUGACCAUGUCCAGCUUAGGCUUGGGGAUCACCAGCGGGGUCAACAGCCUCGUCACGACCCGCACCAAAAAGAGAGUCAACUGCACGCAGCAGAAGAAAGCCGGGGAAGUCCUCCAAAGCUUCAUGGAGGAUGUGACGAAACUCCAGGACUCUCUGGAGGAGGUGACCAGACAAACCAUCUCCAAAAUGGAGGCGACUGAGUUUGGUCCGUCUGACGUGGGAAAGGGGCUCCUUACGGUUGGUAGCGUUGGCAAAAAAAUCUGUUCCUUCACACGCAAUUGCUCGGCUUUCAAGGCGUUGAAGAGUGGUAAAGCUCUACUUAAAGUCCCCCGGUCUCUGGCUGCCUCCAAGAUGGCCAGAUUCGGCCUCGUGUCCAAUGUCUUCUUCAUCGGGGUGGACAUUUUCUCCAUCUGCAAGGACAGCAUCAGCCUGGCCAAAGGCAACAAGACCAAGGUGUCGCAGUUCAUCAGGGCCCGAGCCGCUCUCUGGAGCUCAGAGAUGAGCUCGUGGAAGAAGAUCCACGACUCCCUGCUUGAAGGGCUGCUGACGUCGGGAAAGAAGGAGGCGGUCCUGGAGACGCUGUUUUAUCGGGAUGCUGAGCCGGAGGACCAGAGAGAGACGGAGGGGGGACGUCAGACUCAGGCGGUGGAGAAAAAACAGAAGGUCAAACGAACGCCUUGGACUCCCCUAGGAAGAGCUGGAGGAAGGAAGGAAGGAAGUCUGGGCAUCUCUUUUGAGACUGCUGCCCCCGCGACCCGGGGCGGACGAUGGAUGGAUGGAUGGAUAUACUGUUUAUAUUUCGUAAUUAUAUGUUUUAUAUGUUUAAUGGUGCAUGUACUGCUUAAACAACCAUAACUUGCUCAAUUUUCAACCAGGUUGAUUUGUUAUGAACGUCAGAGAUGUAGUUAUGACACUGCAUAGUUGUGAAUAAUUAUAAACAUUGACAAACGUACUUUUAUAUGAAAAUAACAAGAAACA